GCAACACUGCAUUGCUUGAUUGUAUGUCAAGUUUGCUUUGUACAACAAAAUUUUGUUUGUUUUGCAUUUCUUAUUUGGUUCGUAACGUCUUGCCGCUGGCCUAAGUUGACAAAAUGCCCAGCGAAAUUAUUACACUGCAGUUGGGUCAGUGCGGUAAUCAAAUUGGUUUUGAGUUUUGGAAGCGCUUAUGUUGGGAACAUGGAAUUUCACCUAACGGCGUCCUUGAAGAUUUCGCUACUGACGGAGUAGAUCGCAAGGAUGUGUUUUUUUAUCAAGCUGACGAUGACCAUUAUAUUCCGCGGGCUGUGUUAUUAGAUCUAGAGCCCCGUGUUAUACAUACAAUAAUGAGCUCUCCCUAUGCCAAACUUUACAAUCCUGAGAAUGUUUAUCUCUCAAAGCAUGGUGGUGGUGCUGGUAAUAAUUGGGCAUCUGGUUAUAGCCAAGGUGAAAAAUUACAGGAGGAAAUAUUUGAUAUCAUCGAUCGUGAAGCGGAUGGCAGUGAUUCCUUGGAAGGUUUUGUUUUGUGUCAUUCGAUAGCUGGCGGUACAGGUUCAGGCAUGGGUUCCUAUAUAAUGGAACGUUUGUCUGAUCGUUUUCCUAAAAAGCUCAUACAAACAUAUAGUGUUUUUCCUAAUCAGGAUGAAAUUAGUGAUGUGGUGGUACAACCAUACAAUUCUUUACUGACCUUACGUCGUUUAACUAGCUGUGCGGAUUGUGUAGUAGUACUAGAUAAUACAGCUUUAAAUCGCAUAGCCACUGACCGCUUGCAUAUACAAAAUCCAAGCUUUUCGCAAAUCAACACUUUGGUUUCCACCAUAAUGUCGGUGAGCACUACUACUCUGCGAUAUCCUUCGUACAUGAACAACAAUUUAAUUGGCCUAACCGCACCCUUAAUUCCGACACCUCAAUUACAUUUCCUUAUGACUGGUUAUACUCCCCUUAGCACCGACAGUGAUCAACCAGUAAAUGUGCGUAAAACUACAGUAUUAGAUGUUAUGCGUCGCUUAUUACAACCUAAAAAUAUGAUGGUAUCUACCGGUCCAGAUAAAACCAAUCAUCAUUGUUACAUAUCAAUUUUAAAUAUUAUACAAGGUGAAGUGGAUCCAACUCAAGUUCACAAAUCUCUGCAACGUAUACGGGAACGUAAACUGGCGCAAUUUAUACCAUGGGGACCUACCAGUAUACAGGUAGCUCUUUCUCGCUCUUCUCCUUACGUUCAAAGCAGCCAUCGCGUUUCCGGCCUUAUGCUGGCCAAUCAUACCAGUAUUUGUUCCCUGUUUGAACGCGCCCUAGGUCAAUACGAUAAGUUAAAAAAACGCGGGGCCUUUCUAGAUCAAUUUCGUCGCGAAGACAUAUUUAAAGAUGAUCUCUCUGAAUUGGAUAAUUCCCGUGAUGUAGUUGAUUGUUUGGUGCAGGAAUACGAAGCCGCUACGCAACCAAAUUAUUUGCACUGGUCUGCAAAAAAAGGCCAGGAAGAGCAGUGAAACAGGCAAAAAGCAAAAAGAUCAAAAACAUAUGCACUGAAAGCCAUAAUACGCCACCAAUCUCGAAUUUUUUCAUUAUCAUUAAAUAUAUCUUUUUAUAUAUAACUGCAUUU